AUGCCACAAGAAGAUGAUUAUGUCUUAGGCCGGGGUAUUGUACAGUCAGUGAGGUCAGUUUACUCAUGUCAAUCCUUGCCCAUAUCGAACGCUGGAGCUUCAGUCAAGAAGUCUAAUAAAACCAGAUUGGAUGCACAGCAUCUUCUGUGGAAGCUUCACAGAGGAUACGAACUACAUCCUCUUAUCCCUAUAAAGGACGAUAUGAAGAUUGCGGAGCUUGGAACAGGAACUGCAGUCUGGAUAUUUGACCUUGCAAGACAACUUCCACCGACAGUUCAGCUGCAAGGAUUUGAUAUAUCCAACCGUCAGUUCCCGGUAAGGGAUACAUGGCCACAGAAUGUCACUCUUGGGACUUUGGACUCUCUGGUAGAUCCACCUGCGUCCCUUUGUGGUCAAUUCGAUGUUGUGCAUCUACGAAUGUGGGCAAGCAACCUGCGGCAACAUGAUACAUCUGCAUUGAUUGGACACCCGGGGGGAUAUUUGCAAUGGGAGGAUGCUGAUUUGGUGAACCAGCAUAUCCAAGGUCAGGACGCAGAAAGGUUUGAGCAGCAGUUGAAUGAGGUUUUUAGGAAGAAGUUUGACGUUCUCGAAGCGGAAAAGAGCCGAUUCAGACCGGAGCUAGCUCAGCUUUGCACGAAUACCUAUCUGAUGGCUCUCCUUGAGAUUCUCCAGGGGAUCAAAAGGAUACUAGCACACGAUUCUUUGCUUUCGAUAGUCGAACAAGAAUUGGCUCUGCAUCGAUUAUCGUCCAAUAAUACUGAAGUCAUUUAUAACUGGUCACCCCUGGCAAUAUUGGCACAGUACCAUAAGGAUGAUCUUUGA